GUAAGAGUUGUGUGACGUUGGCUUGCUCUUGUCGGCUACCACCCCGGCUUGGAGAGACGUUUUAUUUUCGUGUAAUUUGAUAAAUGACGGAUAUGGAGCCUUCUGCAGUCUCGCACAAGAAACAGAAAUUGAGCAACGCGAUUCAGAACUGGAUAACUGCAUGAAACAACAGCAGGUGGAUGGUUAUCCCUAAUAAAGCUGGGGAUGCAACGAGCUACUAACGUCACCUACCAAGCUCAUCAUGUGAGCCGAAACAAACGUGGACAAGCCGUCGGGACAAGAGGAGGAUUCCGAGGAUGCACCGUGUGGCUCACAGGCCUGUCUGGAGCGGGCAAGACGACAGUGAGCAUGGCUCUGGAGGAGCACCUGGUGUGUCACGGUAUCCCCUGCUAUACUCUGGAUGGAGACAACAUCAGACAGGGCCUGAACAAAAACCUGGGCUUCAGUCCUGAGGACCGAGAGGAGAAUAUCCGCCGUAUAGCCGAGGUGGCCAAGCUGUUCGCCGACGCCGGCCUUGUGUGCAUCGCCAGCUUCAUCUCCCCGUACAGCAGGGACCGCCUGAACGCCAGAAAGAUUCAUGAAGUUGCAGGACUCCCAUUCUUCGAAGUUUUUGUGGACGCACCGCUGGAUGUGUGCGAGCAAAGAGACGUGAAGGGCCUUUACAAGAGAGCCCGAGCUGGAGAAAUCCAAGGGUUCACAGGAAUCGACUCUGAGUACGAGAAGCCUGAGGCUCCAGAGCUGGUGCUGAAGACCGACUCCUGCAGCGUGAACGAGUGUAUCCAGCAACUGCUCGAUCUUCUGCAGGAGAGAGACAUUGUACCUGUUGACGCUUCCUACGAGGUGAAGGAGCUCUACGUGCCUGAGAACAAGCUGGACUUGGCUAAGGCUGAUGCAGAGACUCUGCCUGCGAUUGAAAUUGGAAAGGUGGAUAUGCAGUGGGUUCAGGUGCUGGCUGAGGGCUGGGCCACUCCGCUCAAUGGCUUCAUGAGAGAGAGGGAGUACCUCCAGUGCCUGCAUUUUGACUGCCUGCUUGACGGAGGAGUUAUUAACUUGUCUGUGCCGGUGGUCCUGCCUGUCUCAAGCACAGACAAGGAGCGUCUAGACGGCUGCACUGCGUUGGCGCUGGUCUAUAGUGGGCGGCGCGUGGCCAUCCUGCGCAACCCCGAGUUCUAUGAGCAUCGCAAGGAGGAGCGCUGUGCCCGCCAGUGGGGCACCACCUGCAAGGACCACCCCUAUAUCAAGAUGGUGAUGGAGAGUGGUGACUGGCUGGUGGGAGGAGAUCUGCAGGUGCUGGACCGAAUCUACUGGAACGACGGCCUGGAUGCCUACCGCCUCACCCCUGAUGAACUCAAACAGAAGUUUAAAGAACUGAACGCAGACGCUGUAUUUGCGUUCCAGCUGAGGAACCCAAUCCAUAACGGUCACGCGUUGCUGAUGCAGGACACACGCAGACGCCUGAUGGAGCGUGGCUAUCGCCGACCUGUGCUGCUGCUGCACCCGCUGGGCGGCUGGACCAAAGAUGAUGACGUGCCGCUGCCGUGGCGCAUGAAGCAACAUGCUGCUGUGCUUGAGGAGGGCCUGCUGGACCCCGCCUCCACUGUGGUGGCCAUCUUCCCCUCACCCAUGAUGUAUGCCGGGCCCACCGAGGUGCAGUGGCACUGCAGAGCCCGAAUGGUAGCCAGUGCCAACUUCUAUAUCGUAGGCCGUGACCCAGCUGGCAUGCCUCACCCAGACACAGGCAAGGACCUGUACGAUCCUACUCAUGGUGCCAAGGUCCUUACAAUGGCCCCUGGGCUCAUCUCUCUGGAAAUUGUGCCCUUCAGAGUGGCAGCCUACAACAAAGUCAAGAAGGCCAUGGACUUUUAUGACUCUAAAAACCACCAGGACUACGAGUUCAUUUCAGGCACGCGCAUGAGGAAGAUGGCACGAGAGGGCGAGAACCCACCGGAUGGCUUCAUGGCUCCGAAAGCCUGGACUGUCCUGAAGGAGUACUAUAAAUCCCUGGAGAAGGCAUAAGUCACCACGUGAAUGGAGUGGAGAAAGGAGGACUAACGGCGGUUCUGUUAGUCCUAAGAAAGGAAAAGUUGAUGCAAGUAAAGGGAAAAAACAUGAUCAAACACAGGGACCACUCAAACCUAUCUGGCUUUGCAUAUGGAAAUGGUGUAUUAAGUGUUAGCUUGUUGCUUACAACACGCAUCUCUCUGGUUCUUUAAGUUACUGUCAGAUUUUCUUCCUCUUAGAUGGGUUUUGUGUCUUUUUACACUUAACUUGUUCACUCCACAUGGAAAAUUAUCACAUUGGUUUCAUGUGAAAAGCUUCGUCAAAGGAGGACAAAAUAUUAAGCAGUUAGAAGUUUAAAGGGUUACAAGUUUAAACUGUAAAAUAUAAUUCUUACAAAUGAUAUCCUAAUUUUCACAACUACUUUGAUAUUACUGUUACCAAACAUACGGUCAUUAUUUAAGCUUGAAUUGCAGAUUUCAGAAACGAAAGAAUGAAGAAUACUGUACGUCUUAAUCAGCUGUUUUGCCUUAAUAUAAUACCGUUUAUCUCAGUUAGGGAUGCAUCGAUACCAAAUUGUCAACCCUGGAGAGCAAGCAUGUCUCAGUGCUCGGUGUUGACGGAAAUGAAGUGCUCUCACGUACAAAUGUUUUUGUGUAUCCUUGUUUUAGUGUUCCACACGCCCGAAUACCUCUGUGCAAUCAGGUUAGCCAUCUUCACACUCUGGGUUAAAUAUUUUAACAGCGUAAAGUGUUUAAACACCAUAAGAUGAUUUAUAAGCAUGUAACAAUUCGAUUUGAAUCCCGAUACUGGUUUCAUGAUUCAGUUUUUCCCACAAUAUUUUUUGGGAAAAAAAAAUUGAGUAAAUUUUAUUUAAAAAAAAAAAAAGAAGAAGAAAAGUAACAUUAAUCUUAAUUUUUUUUAAAUCAAUUUUAAAUAUUCCUUUAAUUAAGAACAAACCAACUAAACGUUUAAUUUUCUUAACCAACAAUAAUUUGCCUACAUUUGUAACGGUUGGAGUAAAAUAUAAUGGCCUGUUUACCAAAAUAUUCCUUUUAUUAAAAAUGAAAAGUCUUAAACACUUGUAUCAUCGUUUUUCUUCAGUUUUCUUUAGUGUUCAGCAGGCUGUAAAAAGAGAGCUCAAUUUCUUGUUAAAUCUAUUUGUAGUCAGUUACGCAAGAGCUCUUUCCCAUUUUGACCCUUUUUGUGCAUUUUUGCAGCAUUUAGAGCUGUUACUUCAUCCUAUAGUGAAGUCAUGUGUGUUCCCUCUAUUGUAUGCCCUCUGCUUUAUAAAUGAUGCAAUUACAGCUAGGAAAAACUAAGAUUCUGCAGCCUGAUAAUCAUGAUUAAUUUUUAGCUCAUCUGGCCGUAGGCCAGGCCAGAUGAGCUUAUGCAGUCACGCGUCGUCCAUCCGUCGUCGGUCAUUGUCCGUCCACAAUUUACAAAAAUCACUCCUCCUCCUACAGAAUUGAUCGGAUUUCAAUUAAACUCGCAUACAAUGCUCCCCAGGUGGGCGUGCAUAAAAGUUGUCAAGACGGUGGCGCCACCGGUCAUAUUUACAAUUUUAUGGGCGUCUGAAAUAUUUGGGUGACUCGUAACAUUAAACACUACUCUUCGUAAACUGCUGGGAUGUUUUCACUGCAACUCACCCAGAAGACUCUAAAGACGUAUACCAACAGGAGUUGUUCACCAGGUGGUGCCACCUGCCAUGGAUGUGGCUACACAGGGGUCAUAUGUAAUUUCACAAAAAUUGCUACUCCUCCCUAGUCUGGUUAACACCAGACCAUAUCACAAGUGAAAUAUGGUCUGGAAUCCGCCUAUUAAAUUUCUCGUAGGGGAGGUGUGGUUUACGAUUGUCAACGGCCGUUUAUUGGGCGUUGCGAAUGUCUAUCAUUUGGCGUAUACGUAGCCCAUGGCCAAUCAUGGCAGUUGUACCCGGUGACGUAGUUAGAGCAACGAAGAGGCGAAGAAGAGAAGGAAAGAGAAAGAGAAGGCAAAACAAAAAUAAUUUUAAAAAUUCAGAACGGUGUCUAAAGCUUGAUCGAAAGUUUGGUUCGUAUCGCUCGCCGCCAUGUUAAAUGUGAUCCGUAAACAGUCCCAAAUAAACUACAAGCGUCCGUUUGUCGAGUAGUACGCGUCACCGUCUUUCCACCCCUCCCCACUCUCUGAUUGGCUCCCUAACUCAGGCGAGCCUUUAGACCAUAGUUUCCAUGCUGUCUUUUCAGAUCGGAGCGAUUGUGCAAAGCAGCAUGGGAUUUCCCAGGCUAACUCCUCCCCAUAGGAUUGAUCGGAUUUCAAACUCGCACACAACAGUGGUUGAUGUGAGCUACAGCCUCAUUGAGGCCAUUUUAAUUUCACUGAUUUGAAUCAUAAAUUUGUAUCGCAAUUUAUCGUCUCAUGAUGUAUUGUUACAUCCUGAAUGAUUUGUCAAGUUACUUAUUUUGUUUUGUGUUGGAAGCUGUGAUACCAAGGGGAAGAGCUAUAGCUAUUUUCACAGAGCACAGUUUGCCGUCUGCUUUGCUUUGAUUGCCGUAAUUAAUCAUGAAAUACUUCCUGUCAUCUGUUCAUGAAACACUAGGAUUACAUCAAAUAGUAUCAGAUGUUGGUAUGAGAGCAUUUUACGAGUAAAUGAGAACUGUAUCAGACUGAUACGAGUAUCUGUAAUGAUGCAUCCCUAAUCUGAGGUAGUUAAACAGGUCCGGUCAAACGCUGCCAAGGUUACUUUAUCCUGUAACCAUCACAGUGCAGAUGUUCUUUCGUGAUCUGUACUAUACAACCAUAUGUUUGUGGACACCUGACCAUCAUACCCAUAUGUCCAUGUUGAACAUCCCAUUCCAUAUUGAGUCCUCCCUUUGAGCUCAUCACUCCAACCUUGGCAAACCAUGUCUUCAUGGUGAACAGGUUCAUUGUCAUGCUGGAACAGGUUUUAGCUCCUGACAGGCUUGUAGUACUCGAGUCCAGGACUCGGACCCGAGUCUAACUCGUGCCCUAAUUUUAAGGACUUGUGACUCGACUCUGACUCGUGCAUUAACUGCAUUAGGACUUGGAAAAUGGAAACGAGGACUCGGAUUUUUUUUGGUAACAUGCCAUAAUUUUGGCAUAAGAUAUUUAUAUCUAGAUUAAUUCUGUACUAAUUUCGUGUUGGAGUGUCACACCUGCGUGCCAUAGACUCUUGGGUGUGCUCUGGACAGCGCGUGUGCCAAGCGGACUCUCACGCAUGCCGUAAACCACUUGCAUCUGCAUAGGAUUAAGGCGUAAACAGCACAGCUAUAUAAAAACUGUGAAAACACACUUUACGAAGUAUUGUUACUGACACAUUUCUGACCCUUAUUUCCUUGUUUGGUUUCCUGAUCCCUGAUUUCCUGUUUCUCACCUUUGAUUCUUCCGAGUCUACGAUAGCCUGUUUGUGCCUUGCUCGACCUAUUGUCUUUCACCGUUUUUACAAUUUUGCCUGCCGUUCUGGAUCGUUUACCUGUCUUCACUUGUAUUAAUAAACACACCUUCUGCAGUUACAUCCGUCUCCCAACCAUCUCUGACAGAAUACUUCACACUCCCUGAUGAAGAGAAGCACAUUCACCUGUUCAUACGUCAUGUUCAGGAACAAACUAAUGUUAAUGGGGCUGAAACAGCCACCGUCACAUGGUGCAGUUGGAGUGUUGGACUCAACUCAGAUCAAUAGCGGAUUUGACUCAAAUUUUUAUUUAUUUAUUUUUUUAAAUGAUUUGAACACUGGGGACUUGAGACUGGACUCGGGCUCGAGGUUUAGUGACUCGACUACAACACUGGCUCCUGAUUUCCAGUGAAAGGAAAUUGUAAUGCUACAGCAUGCCAAGACUUUUUUUUUUUUUUAAUGGCUACAGCAUACAAAGACCAACAAUAACGACUUGCAACUUUGUGGAAAGUUUGGGGAAAUCCUACAUAUUGGUGUGAUGGUCAUUUUCCACCAUGGAGUGUAUCUCUGAUGUAUUUAUGUCAACUUUGGAUAUUGGAAACCUGUUUUUUGUUUUUUCUGUGAUGGAAAAUCAAGAUGGUCAAGCUAGUGGAGUAAUGUCUUUAAUAAUGUAAGGUUGAUUGAAAUACCUUUUACCAAUGGUGGUUUAGUUUAUGGGUCUAACUAUCUUUUAGCUUCUCUCUGUCACAUACACACUGUUGUUUUACCUGACUGAGAUGGGUGGUUCCUAUACAUGUAUGUUAUUGUUUUAGCCUGUAGUUGGAUCUUUUUCUUAUUAGUCAAUCACAGAUAUAUAUGUGGCUUAGUCGUCAGUUUCUAAUCUGUUACUUGAACCUUUCUUACUUUUUCAGCAUUAUAUUUUUUACUACAUUACUACAUCGUCUCCAAUAAAGCAUUCCAAGCAAACUGA